AUGGACGCAGUGGAGUUGCCCCUGCCAGCGAAUGUGGUUGUAUCGAAGCUCUUGGCCACCGAGGGUUUCGGGAGGGUUGGAGAGCCGGAGGGUAGGGGAUCUGACGGCGCCGAUGCUCCUGUUUUCGGAAGUCACAAUCUUUCUGGUUGCAGCCCUUAUCGUAGCGAUGCCAAACUUCAACAUCUAAUUCCUGAAUGCACUUCAGUUUCAAGAAACAAAAAGCUUGACUCGGAGCUUUGUAUGCAUGAAAACAUGCAUCCUAGUUCCAAAUGUGAAGGUAAUGGUAAAAGGCAUCACCUUGGGGAGGCAGAUGUACCUGUCCCAUCACUACCCAAGUAUGAGGGCAGAUCGUUGAACAAGAAAUCUGUAAAAAGGUUGAAUACUUUCCCUUGUUCUAAGCGACCAAGAAUAGAUCAACCUGAAAAUUCUGUGACAAAUUCUGGAGUUGGUGACCGGAAUAAUAUGUCAAGGACAAUUGGGUCUGACAGCAUGCGAUGCACUUCCUCUGAUAAAUACCGGAUGGUCAAGCAGAAGCGUGGUCAGGAUGGAAAGAAAAUGGAUAAAAAGAGUUUUAGAGGUUGUUUGAAAAGUAAAUAUGAUUGUUUUACAACAAAGGCUGGGUUAACCAACUGUGAUUCUACCUGUGGAGGAAACAACAUUCUUGGAAUAUAUGGUCUCAAGUCAGAUCUCCGUGAUGUUACAAAGUGUAUGGAUGAUCUGUCAUUGAAUGAACUUCUUGACAGCAGUUACAAAUACCCUAGCUUAUGUCCUGAAAAAGGAAAGAGAGCCUCCAAUGUCAAUGAAAAUAUUUUAUCCUCAGUUAGAAAGGCUUGCUCUAUCCUUCCACUCCAGGGUGCAGUUGAUAACAAUGGGGAUGGAAAAGCUGUUAUAGACUUCUUGAAACCUAAUUGCUCUUCACUGAACUUGUCUGAAUGUGAUAAGAAGGAUAAGGGCAUUGAUGAAUCAGUACCUUGUAGCAAGGAUCCUUGUCAGUUGAGCUUGAAUCUCUCCACUUUAUACCAGCCUAAAGACAUUUUAAAGCAGUUAGCACUUCCUCCAGCUCAGGAGCUGGAUGCUCUUUUGUUGUCUGCUAUGCACAUGACAGCUUUUCGUCAUGCUAGCUUGCCACAUUUUCCUUGGUCUUUUUGCCACAGUGGAGCCUGCAAACCCAGUGUAGAUGUUGGUAAAUUGGCUUCAACAAAGAGCACAUCCCAAGGUAAAUGGGUUAGAAUAGGAAGCAAUUCCACUUCCUUUGGAGAUGAUCAGAGUUGCUUCUCUGAAAUGGAAUUGAUGUCAUUUAACCACAAUGAAGAUCCUUUAAUCCAGCAAAAGAUUGAUGUUCUUCUUCAAGAUGCGAACGCCCUGACAAGAUCUGUUAAGCCUCCAUAUAAGGGACCAUCCACUACAGUAUGCACUAUGUCAAUUUCUCCAGAAGCUUAUAGUUCGAGCAAUGUCGAUUUGAAGAAAGAACCUGGUGUUUCUGGUUCAUUUAUUUCUAAAAGGUGUAAUUUAAUGGAGGAGCACGUCGAAUCUUCAGAUGGCCAUCUGGAAUUUGACUAUAAAGAUAUUGUGUUUUUAAAAAGUUCUGAACCUGAAGUCCAUGUGAGGUUUAAAGGACUUGAACCAAACUUAGUGGAUCCAUCACAGUCUACUUUGCAAUUUGAGGACAAUGAAGUCACCCAAAAAGCACAGGACACAGUAGGCAGACAUGGUUGUUCAGAAAAUUGCUCUUGCUACUCUUGUAAAAGCACUUAUGGUGGAUGUGAUCAGAGUUCACAGUAUUUUGUUACACCAAAGAUAUCUAAACCAGGCUACUCACCGAGGGUACUGCUCGCUGCUGAAAUACUAUGUGAGAUGGGACGCUGUUCCAAUGCUGUCAAGACUCGAAGCCAUAAUAGUGGGGGGAUAAAAUGGCCCAAGACACCUUCACAGAAGCCCAUGAAAGCACGCAAGUCUUCAUUUUCCAUGGAUAAAUCAGAGAGCUCAUUUCUCAUGGGUAGGCAUCAUGAUCCUGUUGGAAGUACAGGCCUUCCAUCUGUGAAACAUAAGAUGAUGAGUGAAGAUAAAAAUGAUCUCACCCACAUGAAUAAUACUGGCAGAGGAUCUGUAAGAUGGUCUGUUCCUUUGGAAGGUGUUACGUCUCCCAGCAAACUGGAAAAAGACCUAACCGUCGGCACGAGGCCAUUGCAUAGCUAUGCCACCAAGCCUUCAACUCUGAUGCCAUCCCCUGUUCAAGGCGAAAAGGGCUUUGACAAUCGUCAGAAGCUUAGGAAAGCGACGGUGACAUCAUCAGUUACCUUUCGGGGGUCGUAUAUUAAAGACUGGAACAGGGGAAGGUGCAAGAGAGUGUGACUGUAAAUUACUCUUUAACAUACGCAAUCAAUGUCAGAGCUGCUUGUUGAGAGGCUGUGAAAUACAUAGAUGGGGGUCUGGGUUGAGCUUCUCAGCAGGUGACAGGUUAGAUAUGUAGCCUUACAAAGGUUGACUGGAGGGGAGAAAUGUGCCUCCAAUUGUUAGGUUGGAUGGGGGGGCUGUGUGAAUUAAUUGGGCAUUUUUGUGGGCCAACUUGUUGUUUGUAAUGGUGUACUGGUUGUUUACAUUUGCCAUAUACAGUGCGGUGUCCCCCACUUCUCUCUCUCACCCACAAACCCCCUUGCUUUAACAGAGUUCUACAGACAGGUCUUUCCUUUUGUCUAAAUUUUUCUUGGCUGGGUAUCUGGGAUUACAUCUUAGAGGGUUGUCAGGUUGAUAGCUGGUCAUAAGAUCUCUGUGAUUCUUUCAUUGUGGGAUUAGAUUUCUUUCUCUAUACUGAUCCCACAUUUGGUUGGAAAAGAUUUGUAUGAUUGUGAAAUUGUUGAUAUGCUAGCAAAA